AUGUUAGCGACGAACGAGGCCAUUCGACAAGGACAGCAAAAAGACCGCAGAGAAGAACAUCGAGCUCGACGAUGCAACCUGAUUGUCACCACGGUGAUACCGUCCAAGAAAAGUCAUGAGGUGCACAACCGACGAAUUGUCCUAAGGGGCCAGAAGCUCUACGUCGACACUGACGUGGCAGACCAUGAGCACGAAAAUGAGAAGGAGAAGGAACAAGUGUUCGAAAUCGACGAUCAUGAGAACAAGGAACCGUUUGGACAUCCCUUCGCUGGCUAUUUCUUGCCAUAUCCGGAUUCCAAGUAUGAGGGACUUGUGUCAACGAUAUGUGAAGAUCCACCGGUGCUGAACUGGAUCUAUGUUGACAAGGAAACCCAUGAAGUCAAAUACGGUGUGCGCCUGGAUGCUCAAGGCAAUAUCACUGGACCCUUUGAUUGUACUAGGCAAGACCGACGGAUGACUCUUGAAGGCUGGGAAGGAUUCGUUGCUGUCGAAGAAUCGCCCGGCUUGUGGGCUCUCUAUUUUGAUCGUAACGACGAUGGAUUGCGGUCUAAGUUCGGCAAGAGUAAACGGGUUCUCGAAGUUGAGUUAUGGAGGAAGGAGAAACGCUGGAAAAAAGAUCCGCUUGUCCGACAAGAGGAACAAGCAAGACAAACAUCCUGA